AUGUCGCGAUUGCUGCGGCUCGCAAGGGGUGCGCGCCAGAGAGGCAACAGGCUGCACCUCCGCGUGAGACCCCGGUCAACGGCGCGCGAAGACUCGACCGUACUCCGUAGAGGGCAGAACCACGAACGUGUCUCUGGGAGCUUUCCCAAGGUAUCCAAUGUUCACCCAGCCUCCCGGAGCUUGAACCAGGUUGGGUAG